ACAAAGGGCAAGCCUAGCAGCACCCGACUCCCGACCGAGCCCGUCCUAAAACCCUCGAAGCAGCAUGUCACUCUCCACUCUCAGCCACCCGGCCGCCGCCGCCGCCGCCGCCGCCGGGAGCGGGAAAUGCUUUUCCUCGGCUGCCCCGGCGGCGCAGUUGGCCCGUCUUCCAAAGACAUGCCCCCUUACCCCCGCCGCCGUGUCCGCCGCGUCUGCGGCUGUUCAGGCGGGUUCCGCGGAGGAUAGGGUCUCGGCGCUGAGCCAGGUAUCCGGCGUUCUGGGGUCGCAGUGGGGCGACGAGGGGAAGGGCAAGCUCGUCGACGUGCUCGCCCCCCGCUUCGACAUCGUCGCGCGUUGCCAGGGUGGAGCAAAUGCUGGACACACCAUCUACAACUCUGAAGGCAAGAAAUUUGCCCUUCAUCUUGUUCCAUCUGGUAUUCUCCACGAAGGGACACUUUGUGUUGUUGGGAACGGAGCAGUGAUCCAUGUUCCAGGGUUCUUCGGAGAAAUUGAUGGUCUUGAGUCCAAUGGAGUCAGUUGUGAUGGAAGAAUACUGGUCUCUGAUCGGGCACAUCUGCUGUUUGAUCUGCACCAGAUUGUAGAUGGACUUAGGGAAGCUGAGCUAGAAAAUUCCUUUAUAGGGACAACUAAGAGAGGCAUUGGACCUUGCUACUCCAGCAAGGUAACUCGAAAUGGACUGCGAGUUUGUGAUCUAAGGCACAUGGACACUUUUGGGGAUAAGCUUGAUGUCUUAUUGAAAGAUGCUGCUUUGAGGUUUCAAGGCUUCAAGUACAGCAAAAGCAUGCUCAAUGACGAGGUUGAGAGGUACAAGAGGUUUGCAGAGCGCUUAGAGCCCUUCAUUGCUGAUACAGUGCACAUGCUAAAUGAAUCUAUCCAGCAGAAGAAGAAAAUUCUGGUUGAAGGCGGCCAAGCAACUAUGCUGGAUGUUGAUUUUGGAACCUAUCCUUAUGUGACUUCUUCUAGCCCUUCAGCUGGUGGAAUAUGCACCGGCCUUGGGAUUGCCCCAAGGGUAAUUGGUGACCUGAUCGGAGUGGUCAAAGCUUACACAACAAGAGUUGGCUCUGGUCCUUUCCCAACUGAACUGUUUGGAGAGGAAGGUGAUCUCCUUAGGAAUGCUGGAAUGGAAUUUGGCACGACAACGGGUCGCCCAAGGCGAUGUGGCUGGCUUGACAUUGUUGCACUUAAGUACUGCUGCCAAAUCAAUGGGUUUUCAUCGCUUAAUCUGACCAAACUUGAUGUUCUGUCUGGGUUGUCAGAAAUUAAGUUAGGUGUUUCUUAUAACCAAAUUGAUGGACAGAAGCUACAGUCCUUCCCAGGGGAUCUUGACACCCUGGAGCAAGUACAGGUCAAAUACGAGGUGCUGCCUGGGUGGCGAAGUGACAUUUCUUCUGUUCGAAGUUACAAUGAACUUCCCCAAGCUGCCCGCUGCUACGUGGAGAGGAUAGAAGAGCUUGUUGGUGUUCCCGUGCACUACAUUGGUGUUGGACCUGGGAGAGAUGCUCUCAUACACAAGUGAAAACAACUUCAUUUGGUCUUCAAUUGGGCGAAAAAAAUUCAGCCCUAACUAGGCCUUGAGCAUUUGCUCUUAUUAUUCCUCUUUGUUGCUAUAGUAGCUGUGAAACAUUGGAGAAGUUACUGACUGGUGAAGUGAUCUAAUGCCUGCAAUAAUCAGAACUUGUUCUAAAACGUCUGCAGGCGAAUAAGAUGAGUAUUUUGCACUAUAGUUCGACUCCACCAAUUGUUCGGUGGCAUAUCAUAUACUUUGCACUAAUUAUGAAACUUGCCUGGUGGGUUAACCUGAUAUAAAUCUGGGAUUGCAUUCCUGUGCUGA